AGACCAGCUAACUCUCCUGUGAGGCCUGGCAGCUCAGGCCGCCAGCAGUGGGGAGCAGCACUCCUUCCUCCCAGUGUCUGUUGCCCCUACAUUCCUCCUCUACUUUGGCAGUGACCAGCUCGCCACAGGCCGAAUACUGCUGUGCCCUGAUCAAGGGACAGGGAAGCAACGCUUGUAGGACCCUGGGGGUUGGAUAGAGGAGAAACUUGUCUUGAAUUCACGGCCCACUCAGGAGGGCAGAUCCAAACAGGACAACUUGCAUUUCCAUCUUUUCUGCACCGUUGGAAAGCAGCAGGAUGAGAAAGCAACCUAGACAGCCAGAGGGCGCCCAAAUGCCGCGAAUGGACGUUCCAAAGGUUCCAUGGGUUUUGCGGAACUCCAAGAUGGGAGGCAAGCUGAGCAAGAAGAAGAAGGGCUACAAUGUGAACGACGAGAAAGCCAAGGACAAAGACAAGAAGGCUGAGGGCGCUGGCACCGAGGAGGAGGGGACCCCGAAGGAGAGCGAGCCCCAGGCGGCGGCCGACGCGGCCGAGGUCAAGGAGGGCGCGGAGGAGAAGCCCAAGGUCGCGGCGGACGCCGAGGCCAAGGCGGAGGAGAAGGAGGGCGACAAGGCGGCGGCCAAGGAGGAGGCGCCCAAGGCCGAGCCCGAGAAGAGCGAGGGCGCCGCGGAGGAGCAGCCCGAGCCCGCGCCGGCGCCCGAGCAGGAGGCGGCCGCCCCCGGGCCCGCUGCGGGCGGCGAGGCCUCACCGGCCGGCGACGCGGGCGCGGAGAGCACGGGGGGCGGCGCGGCCGCGGAGGAGGGCGAGGCCAGAAAGACUGAGGCUCCCGCUGCCCCGGAGACCAAAAGCGACGGGGCCGCGGCUUCAGACUCUAAACCCAGCAGCUCGGAGCCCUCGUCCAAGGAGACGCCCGCCGCGCCCGAGGCGCCCAGCUGCACAGCCAAGGCGGCCGCGCCCGCCGAGGAGCCCCCGGCCGAGCCCGCCGCUGGCGAGCAGAGCCUGGCGGUCAAGGAGUAACAGGGACAGCCCGGGGAAGACCGAGACCGCCUGCAAACGACCUGUCUCACUCUCUCUGUCUCUCACUCUGUCCUCUCUCUGUCUCUCCCCUCUACUAACUUGUUUCAGAUUGGAAGUAAGGAUAUGUAUUGCCCAAGGGAUUAAAAAAAAAAAAGAGGCUGCGUCCCAUGGGGGAGGGAGGGGGUGGGGAGAAUCCAAAUAGUAUUUUUGUGGGGAAAUAUCUAAUAUACCUUCAGUCAACUUUACCAAUCAGUCCUGGAUUUUAGAGAUCGCUGUCUGAAAGUACAGUACGUGGUAGGUUCCUGAACUGCUGUCCCGUGCGCUCCACCGCCAAGACCCCAGCUUUGCCUCUUCCACCACUCGGGUGGGAAGAGGGAUGCGCUUGAUUCUGCCCACAGGGCCUGUGCCAAGGCAAUCAGAUCUUUAUGAAAGCAGUAUUUUCUGUGUUUCCUGUUUAAUUUACAGCCUUUCUUAUUUUGAUAUUUUUUUUUUUUAACGUUGUGGAUGAAUGCCAACUUUCAGACGGAACCCACUUAGCUGGUCCACAUGAAUCUUGAUGCCAACCCUCCAUUCUUCCUCUCCAGAUAUUUUUGGGAGUAACAAACAUUCUCUCAUCAUACUUAGCCUACCUAGAUUUCUCAUGACGAGUUAAUGCAUGUCCGUGGUUGGGUGCACCUGUAGUUCUGUUUAUUGGUCAGUGGAAAUGAAAAAAAAAAAUCUGCGUUCAUUGCAGUUCCAGUCGCUCUUCCAUUCUGUGUCACAGACACCAACACACCACUCAUUGGAAAAUGGAAAAAAAAUAAAAACAAGACAAAAAAUGUACAAUGGAUGCAUUGAAAUUAUAUGUAAUUGUAUAAAUGGUGCAACAGUAAUAAAGUUAAACAAUUAAAAGUAA